ACACCUCGCAAUUACUGCGAUUGCGAGUGAUAUACCGAUAGCCGAUAUCAGUCGAUUGCGACUGAGUGAGAUUCGUUUCUGUUUCGGUCUUCGGACUUCAUGUGAACUUUGAAGUAAACAUUCGUGUAGCGUUAUGAUUGAAUUGAGGCCUAGUAGGGAUUUACUUGAUCCUGAAUUUGCUGGUUACAAGUUAUCGAUUGACCCCGUACCCUGUUAUCAAUACAACUUGGAAGAUGAUGUUUACCACAUCCUACCUAGUGAUGAUCAGUACUCACUCCUCCAUGCCAAAGUUUUUGGACUCCAUAAUCACUUGUAUGCAGAUGUAUUAUCAGAAGAUAAUUUAUAUUACGUGGAUGAGAGGUGGAGACUGCGGCGAGUGAGACAAAAUAAUUUGACAGGUCGUUUUGAAGGUCUUCAUACCAUGUGGGAGAUGACAAAACAUCAUCCCCGCAAGCCUGGUCACUACAACCCAUCCCUCAGUUUCACAUCGGCAGAUUUUGCUGUUGUUUCUGAUGGAGCUGGAAGUCUGUAUAUUGUGUACACUGGUAACAGAGAGGAAGCAGAUUCAUUUCAGACAGUGCAUGUUGAAGAACCAUGUGGAGAGGAAAAAGCUUUUAAAGUGAUUCAUUCAAGAUGUAUUUCGGAAGGCGGUCAUAAAUUCAUACACUGCUUGCUACUACAUAUUGAAACAAGGCCUGAAGAAGAAGUAAAAGAGAGCAAGGAAAAGGGAGUCUUUACCACUUUGUUGGAGUGGCUGAUUUUUAAUGAUGGUGGAAUAGGAAAGUGGUCAUUGCAUGCUAGUAGACAGGUAUCUACUGUGAAAGGUAUUGAGUAUGCAGCAAUUGAGACCUAUUGUACAGCAUUGUAUGUUGCCAGUGAAAAACCUGUUGUUUUCACAAAAGAUUCUGAAAAACCUGUGGAGGACAGAAAAAUACCAGAACAAGAAAAUAUGCAAAAGCCAAAGCGCUAUAUGUGGCUUCAAAAUCAGGAGGACAUCACAGUAUGGCUUCAACUUGCGGAGAGUGUUGUGAAGCAGGACAUUCAUGUUAAAGCAUGUGCUGAUUGCUUGACUAUUACUUGUCGUGGUCAAAAUCUCCUGGAAGGGGAUACUUGUCACAGGCUUAACACAGAAUUACCUGCUGUGUGGACUCUAGAGAAAGGAAAGUUGGAACUUACACUUAAUAAAGAAGAGACAGGACUGAUGUGGAGUUGCUUGUUGAAAGGGUGUGAUGAGGGUGAACAAAUAAUGGACCCAGCUCUUGUUGCAGAAAUACAUGAACGUCUUGCACAUCUAUGCUCCGAGACUGAGUCCUCUGGAGGCUGUGUUACUACUUUCAACUCUGAACAACUGGAAGAAUGUGAUGAGGUCAGCAGUAGUGCAUCAUUUUUGCACAGGCUGUGUCCACAAACCCACUCGACCACACAUAAGGUAACUUUAGGUGGUCUGCAGUGGCUAUUUAGCUGUCAGCUAAAGCCGGAAAGAGCUCCAGCUAUGUGCCUAAGGCAUGACGUUGAUGGAUGUGUAUGGCAGCCGUAUGAACCUGGUGAUAGCAUUCGCGAGAAACCAGCAACAUCAGAUGAUAAAUGGCCACUGAAACAUGUUGGCACUUUCUUCGCUUUGGGUUACAUUCAAGCUGGAAAGUCACAACGGAAGUUUUCAGUUUGUUCUCCAGAUCUGUCAUAUGUUGCUAUAUGUGAAGCAACUAGACAUAUAUACAUAUACAGACAACCGUGUCCAGUGAAUGGAGAACUCAGAAAUCGUCGAACUGGCAGACAUGUGAAACAGGUUGCAGUGCAACAACUUUUGAACCUUGACUCUCAGGAAGAAAUUCUGGGUGUUCAUGCAUCUAUUGAAUUCCUUUAUGUGUUAACUCCAUCAACUAUGUAUGCAUUUCACAUAAACGUCAAGGAUUAAAAACAUUUUGUAAAGUUA